AUGCAACCAGUUUUUAUUUUAUUAUUAACAAGACUAAAUCAACAUUUAUAUUUUUUUAAGGGAAAACAUGAAGAAUUUAGUCUUGCAUUUGCUGGUACAACUGUUCAUGAUAUGUUCAAUUGGUUAAAAGUACUUAUUUCAAUAGCUAACAUUCGAUUUUCUUUGAAACGGUUCGUGAAAUUAUUAGAGAUCAUCAUUGUCAUAAUCUAGAAGAAAAAUAUAUCCAUAAUGAACAGAUCACCACAAAACUCAGACACAAUAUGACUUGAAAAAAUAUUAACUCUUAUGCGAUGAUAAAAUCCUAUCCUUU